GAUUCCCACUCAGACUCCAUAAAUAGUCUUGCGUUUAUGAGGGACGGUCAACAUCUAAUAUCCGGAGGAUCUGAUGGAUUACUCAACAUAUUUAAUGCUUCGUUUGCGAAAGAAGAUCAAGCUUUACAAAGCACUUGCUCAGUUGGUUCAUCCAUCAAUCGCGUUAACAGUCUCUCAAAACGACUAAUCUCUGCAUGCACUGAUGACAAUAAAUGUGCUGUGUUCGUUCCGAAUUCUCCUGAUGACGUUGAUUAUCUCUUCAUGCGAAAUGGAGUUGAAGGUCGCUUUUUAGUAGAUGCACUCAAGGGAAGUGUUGACGAGCGGCCAGUAGCGCUCCUUGAAUGUGACGCAGAAGGAACGAUGUAUGUGCGUACCGUUUCGAAAGAUGGAAAGCAUUCUGAGGUGGUGAUGGAAUGGAAAGGUCACACGGAUAUUGUGCGCAGUUCUGCUUACAAUAAUCGCAUCUUAGUCACUGGUGGAGAAGACGGCAAAAUCGUCGUCAAAAAUGUUGAUCUCCGGCCCGAAGGUGGAAAACCGGAAAAGAAGAAGGAGAAGAAAGAUGGUGACAAAAAUGACUCUGGGAAGCUAAAAGAUAAGAAAGAGAAGAAGAAGGAGCGUAAAGCUGGAGAGCCAUAUUGA